CCCGGGGACAUCUAAACUCCCCACAAGUGGCGUUUGUUGUACGUUACCUAAUCGUUUGAGUGAUGUCUGUCAGCUUAAACCAGUGGUUGCUUUUUGACAUUAAAGAAAAUGUCUAAAGCGGGUUUAAAGUGUCCGAACUGCGGCUCCUCCAACAUCGUGAACGAUGACCUGUACUCACAGGCGCAGCUGGUUUGUGUGGAAUGCGGCGCGGUGGUUUCUGAGGGGAGUUUGGCUGAUGACCCUCUGUGGGGUACAGAUGUCAGCUACAGCAGGACCACAGCGGUGAAAAAAAACCCCUGCCUCAAUCUGAUAAAAGGUCUGGAGCGGGUGAAAGAAAUAUGUCGGAUCCUCAGGCUCAACGCUGAAAUCGAGCAUCUAGCACAGACGUAUUUCAGAACCGCCUACCAGCACGAGAGCUUCAUCAAUGUGACCCUCCAGAGGAAGGAGGUGCUGGCUGGCUGCUGUGUCUGCAUCAGCUGCAGACAGCGGAAUUGGCCGAUCACUCUAGGAACCAUCUGCUGCGUGCUAAAUGCUGAAGAGACACUGUUAGGAGGCGUUUAUCAGGAAAUGCUCAAGAUCCUUAACAUCCAGGCUCCGUUUGUCAGUGUGGUAGAAGUCAUAGAAACACACGUUCAUGAGUACAAAAUAAGCAAACAAGAUGUCCCAGAAGACUUUGCUGAGGAUCCUAAGGUGUUGACUAAACGGGCAGUGGAGCUGGUGGAGCUGGCCGGAGAGUCCUGGAUCGUGACCGGACGAAGGCCCCUUCCGCUCAUGAUGGCAGCUACGUAUUUGGCCUGGCAGUCCUUGAACCCCAACAGACAUCGCCUCAAGUUCUCCCUGGACAAAUUCUGUAAUAUGGCCAAAGUGCGAAAGCGCAGAGCAGCUGCAACUAGAAUAACUGAGCUGAAGGAGGUGCUUUGUAGGCUUGGAAAGGAGCUUCCCUGGGUUACGGAAGCGGUGACAGAAAGCGAUGUUGUUCCCCUUGUGGGGGAUAUUCUAAAGUACAGGCAUAGCCUGCUAGCGAGGGCUCUGAAAACCCAUGAGAAGGCUUUGGAAGCCAAUUGCGCUCAGACGAGCACUUUGAACCAUCCAACAGAUGAGGUGGUGCCAACUCAACAUUCCGAAAGCAGGAAUGAAAACGAAAGUACUUCCUCUGUGGUGCAGCUCUCUCCCAGUAACAAAGGGGAAAACCAAGGAGAUAAAAACGAUGAUCAGAGUGAAGAACCAGUACCAAACUGGGGUAAAAAGGUCCUGUUUGCUCCUCCGUGUGUGAUUAAUGCCAAGAGGAGAAGGGUCGAGCGGCGUGUCGAGAACUGUACCGGCGAUGAGGAAAUCUCUGACGGUGAGAUCGAUUCCUACAUCCGCUCUCCACAAGAAGCUCGAGACUUUGCCCUCAUGCAGAAGAUGCUGUCUUUGCCCAACAGUGAGAAUUCAUAGCUAACCUGCCCUUCAAUAAGGAGGAAACUUUCACUAUGUUAUUGAGCUAUUUUUUUUUGCAUCGCAUGUUCUAUACAACUAAACAUGCAACUUUCGUAUCUGUUAUAGACUCUACCUUUGUUCUUUUUAUUUAAUCUGAAUAAAACAAGAUGCCCUCAAGUU